CUGUCACUGCUCUCGAGGUCCUCGCUGUGCUCCGCGCGCGCGAGCACUUUCAAAGCUGCCACAGAACCGCAACGGUCGCAGGGCUGUCGAGCUGAAGCGGAGCGGAAGGGCUACACACUUUGACGGCAUGCUUCGCGUGAGCCGGCCGUGAAGGGAAGGGGCGAGGUGAUCGGGCGGAGCCGGGGGCGGGGCCAGCAAGGGGGGGGCCAACCAUGCUGGAGGACGGAGACGCCGGGUCGCUGCGGGCGGAGGUGGAGCGCCUGAGCCUGGAGCUCCAGGAGGCCAACGAGGAGAAGCUGCAGGCGGCCCGCUACGGCCUGGCAGUGCUGGAGGAGAGCGCCACGCUCAAGAGCAAGCACAGCCAGCUGGAGGAGGAGCAUGAGGCCCUCAAGCAGGAGCUGCAGCAGCUCAAAGAGGCGCUGGCAGACUCGGUGAGCAGCCAGAAGAGAGCGGCGGCGGAUGGCGAGAGCAGGGAGGAGAGCCUCCUGCAGGAGACGGCCAGCAAGGAGGCGGCCAUGGCGCUGCGCAUCGACGAGCUGCAGGGGGAGCUGCGGCAGGCGCGCGUCACGCUGGCCAACGCGCUCGGCGACAACGAACGGCUGGGAGGGCUGUCCGCCCAGCUCAAGAAGGAGUGUGAAAGUCUGGAGCUGGAGAAGGGGCACCUGAGGGAAGAGAUUAAGGAGUAUAAGGUGCGAGAGAUGCGGCAGCUACAGGACAACAGCGAGCUGGAGGAGGAGAACAUCUCGCUGCAGAAACAGGUCUCCACGCUGAAGGAGAACCAGGUGGAGUUCGAGGCCGUGAAGCUGGAGCUGACCCACAAGGAGGAGGAGCAGGAACUGCUCCGGGCCCAGCUGGAGGAGGCCGGCCGGCUGCGGGAGAUCGCGGAGCGGCAGCUGGAAGAGGCACUGGAGGCCCUGAAGGAGGAGCGUGAGCAGAAGAACAGCCUGAGGAGGGAGCUCUCCUCCAUGGCAGCCAACCCCUUCUGCUCGGCCUCCAAUCUGGAGCUCCACCUGGACCAGCUGGAGGAGAGCCAGGACGAAGGGCGGGGCGAGGACCAGGACAGCGGCUACACCCCCGGCUCGGGGAACCACCCGCUCAACUCCAAGGCCAACGGGCACCAACGCUCCUCCACCCCCCGUAACAGCGACCUGUUCCUGCGGCCCCCCGCCCCGGGCCUGGUGUCAGACCUGCUGAGCGAGCUCCACCUCUCUGACAGCCAGAAGCUGAAGCAGCAGCUGGUGCAGGCGGAGAUGGACAAGGCCACCCUGGCCACCACAGUGCAGGACCUGCAGAGGCAGCUGGCGCUCUCCAGGGAGGCCCUGACUGAGCAGCAGGCGAAGACGGGGAGGCUCGCGCAGCAGCUGGAAACGCUGCAGGGCCGCAGGUGCGCUCCCCCCCAGCGGGGGGCGCUCGAAAACGGGGACGGCUACUACGAGGUGGACGUGACCGGCGCCGAAGUCCUGGAGUGCCGGAUGCGCGCCGCCGGCGAGGAGGUGGUGCAGCUGAGGGAGGAGUUGAAGCAGGCGGGGGAGCGUUACGCCGCCCUGGAGGGCCGCUACCGCCAGGAGAAGGAGCGCUGGAGGGGCGAGGCGCAGGAGCUGGCCGAGAAGAUCCGCCAGUGCAUCAAGUCGAGCCGGCAGGACCAGGAGCGCAUCACCGAGCUGGAGAAGGAGAUCGGCGCCACCCGGAAGGUGGCCACCGACUCGGAGGGCCACCUGACCGUGGCCCAGGAGGAGCUGCUGGCCUUCUCCGAGGAGCUGGCCAACCUCUACCACCACAUCUGCAUGUGCAACAACCUCACGCCCAACCGGGUGACGCUGGACUACUACCGGGCGGGCACGCGGGGCCAGCACCCGGGGCCCCUGCGCAAGCGGCGCUCCUCGGACCUCCUGGGGAAGAUGCUGCACGGGCAGGAGGCGGACAGCGGGGGCAGCACGGGGGGCAGCGGGGACUCCUCGCCCGUCAGCGCCGGGGUCAGCAGCUGCCCCGGAUCCCCCACGCUCGACUUCAGGGACCCCACCAACGUGCGCAACCUGGUGGCCGUCAUCCGCUGCCAGAUGAAGCAUCUCCAGGCGGCAGUCGACCUGUGCAGGCAGAGGGGGACUCUGCCCUCCCCGUCCGGCCGGGGUGCCCCAGACACCGAGCGGGACACAGACGCACUGCUGGAGGAGGUGCUGAAGCUCAAGUCCCUGCUGAGCACCAAGAGAGAGCAGAUCGCAACUCUCAGGACUGUCCUGAAGGCCAACAAACAGGCCGCAGAGGUGGCCCUGACGAAACUCAAGACCAAAUAUGAAGCGGAGAAGAGCCUGGUGUCGGAGACCAUGGUGAAGCUGAGGAACGAGCUGAAAGCGCUCAAGGAGGAUGCCGCCACCUUCUCAUCGCUCCGCGUCAUGUUUGCCAGCAGGUGUGACCAGUACGUGACGCAGCUGGACGAGAUGCAGAGGCAGCUGGCGGCGGCUGAGGACGAGAAGAAGACGCUGAACUCGCUGCUCCGCAUGGCCAUCCAGCAGAAGCUGGCCCUCACGCAGAGGCUGGAGGACCUGGAGGCACCCUACGCGCCCCACAGCAACACCAGCAGCCCCCGCCGCUCCCGGGCCAAACAGCUGGGCGCCGUCAAGUCCGGCAGGGCCCCCCGGAGCCCCCGCGGGAGCCCCGUGCGGCCGCUGGGGAGCAGCCCCCGCUCCAGCCCGGUCCUGGCUGCCAGCAGCCACCCGAGGGCGCUCUCCCGGAGCCUGCACUCCAGCCCUCGAUAAAAAAAACCUCAGCAUGAGGAAAAAAACAUCCAUCUUCCCUCUUCAGAGUCUGUUGUCGCUCUUCCAUGGAGUCCUUCAUGUCGGUUGCCCAAAUCAUCCCACCACCCACCCCACCCCAAAACUUCCUGUUUGUCUUCGUCAUGGUGUGGGUGUCACUCCUCCAACACAUGCCGCUUGAACAAGAUGAUUUCAGCAGAGAACAUAUCUCGCUGGUACACAGUAAAGAAGAGGAAACGAGAGUAGGGACUUCCCGUCUUUUUGACACAGCCACUGUUUUUCUUACCAGGAGGGGACAAGCUUUGUGGCUUGUUUUGAGGCACCAGUUUGAGGAGCACAGACAACAUUCAUUGCAUUGGAGACCUUUGACAACGGAACUGAGAUUGAGGUGACCCCUCAGAUAUCCACUCCAAAGGACUUCUAACUUGCUGUGUAGGGCUAAUCGCCUUGUUUUUCAUUGUUAAAAAAAAUGAAGGUACACAUUUUUAUAUUGAGAGUGGCUACCAAUGCUUUAGCGAAUGAACCUAUCCUGAAGGAUCUGAAUCUCGAGCCCAGCUUGACAGUAUUCUGUGUUGUAUUUAAAGGUCGGCUCUUUGUCUCUGUAAGUGCGUAUUUCAGCGAGACCGGGUAUGGCUUACAGUAACAGCAGAGAUGUUUUGCUUAGUGAGUAAAUGUGAUGUGGAGAGCCUUCGGAUGGGUCUGGCUGAUGGCCCUCUGACUCCCUAGGCUCCCACAUCACAAUUCUGAUAUAAUGGGUGUGUUUUUAAGGAUCAGAAACCCCUCAUACUGACAUCCAGAGUUUGUGGACAUAAAGCACAAAUUACACUGCCUGUUUUGUUUUUUCCCCCCCCCCAAUUAUGUUUUGUAUAUUUUGCCACGACUGUUAUUGGCACCUUAACACCUCUCUCUGUCUUUGAACCCGUCUGUGACAUGUGACUCUGUCUUAAGGUUCCUGGCUUCUGAGCCGGGGAGGGGGG